CAAAGCCAAAGCUUCUCAUGCACAGUUAAACCAAGACAAGAAGAGGAGACGUGUGAGAAGUGUGGCGCAAGUUCAUGAUUUUUGGUAGAAUCUCUAUUGAUUUAGGUUUCAUCAAAGACGCACCAUGAGGGUGAAAGGAUAUGUUUUUCUUAUCUGGAGCAUGGCCAUUACAGAAGCAUUUUACUUAAACACAACUGGACCAGAAAUAGUGGAUAUUGGUGAAGAAAAGGACAUUCCUGAAAUAAACAAGGGAUUUUUACACGAUGAUAUUUUGGAGCCUACAAACCUGCAGAGGAGUACCAUCACUGAUGAAAACAAGCUGUGGACAUCUAGAGUCCCCUAUGUCUUGAAUAACGACCUUGAAAUUAAUUCUAAAGGAGUCAUUCUGAGGGCCCUUGAUCAGUUCAGGUUGAAAUCAUGCAUUGAUUUUAAACCAAGGGACUCUGAGGACUAUUACAUUUCUGUCAAACAGUUAAAUGGAUGUUGGUCAUACAUCGGGCGGGUAUUUUCCAAUGGACAGGAACUCUCCAUUGGAAUAGGCUGUGGUUACAUUGCCAUUGUUGAACAUGAGUUCCUUCAUGCUCUUGGCUUCUACCAUGAACAGUCCAGAUAUGACAGAGAUGAUUAUGUGACGAUUCAAUUUGAAAACAUCCUAGAAGAUAAAAAGAACAACUUUAGAAUAGUUGGCAGUAAUGAGAGCACCACCCACGGAGUCCCAUAUGACUAUUUGUCAGUGAUGCACUAUGCCAAAGAUGCUUUCACCAAUGGCAAUGGAUCUACAAUUAUCACCAAAGACCCUAAUUUCCAGAAUCUGAUUGGUCAACGAUUGGAAAUGAGCGCUAGUGAUGUUCAGGAGCUGAAUCUACUCUACAAAUGCAACACAUCCAUUGCCUUUAAGAUGUACUGUGGCUUUACCAAUGGGACCAUGUGUCAGAUGAACCGCUGUUCAAAGAGUGGCAAUGGUUGGGAAAUGGUAACAGGUGUUUAUGGGGGUCCCAGCUCUGACCACACCAAUCUGCCCAAUGGAAAUGGUAAUCAAGGUCAGGAUGCAGGUUACUUCAUGUAUGCUAGCACAGAAUCAGUUCAGGAGGGUGACUCAGCCUGGCUGGAGACAAAGAGGAUGAGUCCUCAGAGGGAGUGUCAUGUCCAGUGUCUGCAGUUCUACUAUUACCACAAUGGGAGCAAGUCAGAUGAACUUAACAUCUGGAUCAGAGAGUUUCAAGAUGAACGGGACUCCACAGGAACACUCUACCUCAUGGGACAGAUCACUGGUCCACCAACAUCUCACUGGACUCUCCACCAUGUUCCUCUGAAUGCCACCAAGCAGUUCCAGGUGGAGUUUGAGGUUCGUAAAGGAGCAGGAAACUCUACAGGCGGCUUCUCUAUUGAUGACAUCAAUCUUUCAGAGCUCGAGUGUCCAGAUGGAACCUGGCAGAUUAAUAAUUUUGAGAGGCUUUUGAACACUACUGAUACUCCGGCCCUGAUAUAUAGCCCAAGGCAGUAUUCUAGUGAGGGCUAUGCUUACCGGGUAGCGUUAAAUCCCCGCCAGACAGAUUUUGGAGUAUAUGUGCAACUUGUCUCUGGUGUCUAUGAUGACCAACUGAAAUGGCCUUGCCCACAAAGGCAAUUUACUGUCCAAAUGGUGGAUCAGAACCCCAACAUCCAGCUACAGAUGUCAAGGCAAAUAAGUAUCACCACUGACCCAAAUCUGCUGUACAAUGGAGUACUAAUUUGGGGCAAACCUCGUGAGGUUGGAAGUCAAAUUGUUGACAAGAACAAUGAGAUCAUCUAUGUUAAUACCCUAUAUGGUUAUAAAAAUUUUGCAUCUUUGGAAGACAUCCAAUCCAGAGAUUACCUCAAGGGAGAGAGUGCAAUUUUCAUCUUCAAUUUACAAGAUCUCACUCCUCUACUUAAUGGAAGUUCGCUGCCAUGUCCUCAAGUGAAAUCAGUGAGCAUUACAAGUGCUCCCACAGACCAGGAUAAAGGACCUUGCUCAUCCAGGACCUCACCCACCACACUUCCAUCUCUAAACACAACAGAUGACAGGAUCUCAUCCAUCACAAUUCCAACUCCAGAAAUAACAAACCAUAACAGAACCUCACCCACCACACUUCCAUCUCUAAACACAACAGAUGACAGGAUCUCAUCCACCACAAUUCCAACUCCAGAAAUAACAAACCAUAACAGAACUUCACCCACUGCAAUUCCAAUUCUAAACACAACAGAUGACAGGACCUCACCCACCACACUUCCAUCUCUAAACACAACAGAUGACAGGAUCUCAUCCACCACAAUUCCAACUCCAGAAAUAACAAACCAUAACAGGACCUCACCCACCACACUUCCAUCUCUAAACACAACAGAUGACAGGAUCUCAUCCACCACAAUUCCAACUCCAGAAAUAACAAACCAUAACAGAACCUCACCCACUGCAAUUCCAAUUCUAAACACAACAGAUGACAGGACCUCACCCACCACACUUCCAUCUCUAAACACAACAUAUGACAGGAUCUCAUCCACCACAAUUCCAACUCCAGAAAUAACAAACCAUAACAGAACCUCACCCACUGCAAUUCCAAUUCUAAACACAACAGAUGACAGGACCUCACCCACCACACUUCCAUCUCUAAACACAACAUAUGACAGGACCUCACCCACUACAAUUCCCACUCCAGAAACAACAGAUGACAGGUAAUCUUCUAAAACAUUUUCUGUCUGUAAAAUUGUUUUAUUGUCAAAGCCUGUAAAAUCUAGUGGACCUAAUCAUUUCGAUUUUGGACUGCUGCUCAACAUAACGUAACAA